AUGUACACCCUACUCCCCAACCAAGCAGGAGGACCACCACCAAUCCAUGUGAAGCUCACAGCCGAGAUUCUGGAGCAAAUACAAAACGCCGGCGGCAAGGGCCUCACGGUCUCUCUGUCGGGAACCACCCCAUGCAUCAAAAUCGACAACACAACGUUUGCGGCCCACAUGUCGCAGGAGCCUUCGUUCCACUCGCUAUACCAACGGAAAGGCGACUCACUGCAGUCGCUGGGCCAGAUUGGCCAGAAGCUCGUGCUCAAGCGGUCCUCCGAGUCCCCCAAACGCCCCACUAACUCUGCAUCUGCAUCUGCAUCACCUCGAAUGAGAGUCACCCCAUCGCCCUCCCCUCAGCCCAAAUCGCAUCCCUCCUCGCCCGUCGUGAAGACGAAAAACCGCACGCUCAACAUUCCUGUGAGCAAGCCGCUGUCACGUGAGUCGCUCUCCUCGCUGCCCAUGCGGGUUCUGCAUCUGUUGGCUCUGCAACCCACGUCUCCAGAGGUUGUGGCUAACCGCACGAAGAACUCGCUGGCAGACGUGACGGCGCUGUGCAAGGAAUAUGGUGUGCAGGUCGCCUCAGGGAGCUACAAGCUUGCCGACAAGUACUUCAAGGACCUGCGGUGCUGGGACUGGAAGCCGUACUCGGAAGACGAACGGCUCAAGGUGGUGCAAGCCUCGCGCGAGGCAUUUGACCGGCUUAGUCUGCCGGACGACCACCCGGCCCGACGCAAUUUGAUUGACCCCAAGAUCCGAAGAGAGCGAGAACAGCAACAGGCUCGAGAGCGAGAACGGGAACGAGAGAGAGAAAGGGAGAGAGAACGAGAGAGAGUGGAGAAGGAAAAGUCGGACAGAGACUCACGAACCUCUCGAGAGUCAUCCUCAUCGUCCUCCACUCCUCCAGCUGAAGCUGGUCCUGCUACCAAGCGAGGAGGGGGUAUCCUGGUGACCAAGCAGCCUCUCAAGAAACGUAAGGCUGCUACCACAGCCGAGUCUGACCCUGUCAAGAAGACUGCUGCUGCCAAGAAGCCUCCAACGUCAUCUACGACAAGUACAGUGAACCGAGAGACCAUCACAAAGACCUCCCCAUCCUCUUCCUCCACAGCCAAGGCAUCCCCUGCUCCUUCUACAGCUUCUACCAAGGCGGGUGCAACGAGCACGACCUCCAAAUCGUCACCCGCCCCUUCGUCAGUGGCAAAAUCGUCACCUGCACCUGUGGCCAAGUCGUCUCCUGCUUCUUCUGCAGCCAAGUCGUCACCCGCACCUGUGGUCACCACAACCAGCUCUGCGACCUCGUCCUCGGCGUCGCCCGCUCCCCACUACCUCUCAUUGGCGCGCCAGUUCAAGGAGUCAUACGAUGAGUACGUGAAAAUGUACAAAACUGUGGCCAAGCAGCCCGGCAGCGACAUGAAGAAGUUGCUGAUGAUGCACCGACAGCUGGAGACGUGGAAAAAGGAGCUGUGGGCUUACGACAAGGGCCGUAGCUCCGAACAGAUGCGUCAGAGAUCUCCCGCAGUGAAAUCUGACCGUAAGGCCGUGAGCACCAAGGACCGGCUGUUUGGCAUGAAAAAGGUGACCACUUGA